GUACUGCUCAUCACGUUUCAGGAAGUUCGAGUAAUGAGCGCGUAAUGUUUAUGAUUUUGCCACCAUUUUGGCAAGAUAACUUUAGAUUCAGCAAUGUUACGAGUACUACAUGAACUUUAGUGUUCUUACUCUUUGGAUAUGAACGGUCGAGUAUCACCAGGUCGCAAUAUGUCGCAGUCUGUGGAACUGCAUAACAUCGCCCCCGAUGCACCGACCGAGUUUCUGUAUGGCGAUUUGGAGGACGAUUCUGCGACCGCCAGGUCAAUCAGCAGAGGGUUUCGAGAGCUUCCGAGCCGCAGCGCUCAGAGAUCCAUGCACAACACAAGCACCAGGAGAAGAAGCUCUGCAAGGAGAGGCUCAAUGAGACCAACACAUGAUGUAGAGGUUAUAAAUGUCGAGGAUUUCACAGAUGAAGUUGAAGAUGAUCUGGCAAGCCCGAAAGAGCUUACACAACCCAUGUCGGCAAAAAGGCGAUACAAGAGAUCAAUUAGAAAUAUUCAGAGGCAGAAACAUAUCUCCAGGUGGACAGCUUUCAAGUUAAGGAUUGCUAUGUACUGGAAGCUAACCACAUCAUCAAUAUCUGAAUGGAGUCAAGAUCUUGAGCUGUGGAAAGGACAUUUAAAAGAAGUGGAAGGUCAUUUUGGAAAUGGAGUGUUAUCAUUCUUUAUUUUCCUAAAGUGGUUACUCUUUUUGAAUGUGGUGAUCUUUACCCUGGAGUUUGCAUUGAUUUCGUUGCCGUCAAUUAUCAUCGAGGCAAACAUCACCUCGCAAGCCAACACAAACUCCUGCAAUUUUGAUGAAUUUCGAAUUGAGUCAAGAUCUACUGCAGACCAAGUUAUAGACUUUGUCACAGGGCAGGGCUGGAUUAAUACAACCCUCAUGUUUUAUGCUGGAUACCCUGCCACUCCAUUAAUAUCAGAAGAAGAUGUGAAAUAUGACCUUCCAUUAGCUUACCUUCUUGUUGGGGGCUCGUAUUUCUUUUGUAGUCUUCUUCUCAUGGUCAGCAAUUUAGCAAAGAAUUUCCAACAAAGUUACAUCGAAAGUGGUGGAACAUCUGCAUCCUUUUGCAACAAGGUGUUUGCCUCAUGGGAUUACUGCAUAUGUGAUGAAAACACAGCCAAAGUUAGAAGUCAGAAUAUUGUACAAACUGUCAAGGCAGAAUUGGCUGAAGAGGAGCGACUGCUUAGAGUGCAAAAUCGAACAACAGGCCAAAAAUGUCGGCUUUACACUGUGCGAGGUUUAAUCACUCUGCUGGUGACAGGACUACUGGGAGCAGGCGUGUAUGCUAUCGUUGUUACUGUUGAACUUUCUACAGACCCUAAAUAUCAGACGCAAGCAGCUGAAAUAAGUAGCUUUCUGAAGACAGUGUUAAGUUUCUCACCAUCACUGACAAUCACCUUCCUGAACUUUAUUUUGCCAUUGCUUUUCAAUGUGUUAUCUAACUUUGAAGACUGGAGUCCACGGUUUGAUGUGAAUAUUAACUUGUUUAGGACUGUCCUGUUAAGGCUGGCGUCAAUAGCUGUACUGAUGAUAACACUCUAUGUAGAGGUGGAAAGCAGAUGUGAUGAUAACCCAACCACGUGUUGUCAACAGAAUUGGGAAAACCAGAUUGCUUCACAGAUGUACAUGCUGAUUUGGAUUGACUUUUUUCUGCACAUCGUAGUGUCACUUGUGGGUACUACUAUUUGGAAACUGUUGUACAAACACACUUCCUGUUUCAAGAGAUUUGGCUUGCCUGAAUUUGACAUCCCUAAACAGGUUCUACAGCUGGUGUAUGGGGAAUGCCUGAUAUGGAUUGGAACCUUCUUUAGCCCCCUCAUGCCAGCAAUGGGCGUUGUUAAGCUUUUUUUGGUGUUCUACAUCGAAAAGGUUGCCCUGAUGUACAACAACAAGCCUUCGGACAAGGUUUACCAGGGAACUCGUUCAAAUUACCUCUUCACUGUGUUGCUUUUGAUCUCCUUCCUCAUGUGUCUUGUUGCAGUUGGGUGGGGUGUCACAAGGGUGAGGCCAUCUUGCCAAGGACCAUUUAGCAAUUUAAAUUGCGAUGCAGAUAAGAGGAUCUUUGGUGUUCUCAGUGAUGAGAUUGAUUCAUGGCCUUCAUGGAUCCAAGAAAUCAUAAACUACAUAAGUACUGCAGCAUUCAUUUUUCCUAUUCUGAUGGUGAUCUGCUUGAUGUUGUACUACUUCAGAUCCAUGACAAAGUCUCAUUUGCAUAUGAUUGAGAUGCUUAAGGACCAGCUGGUGCUGGAGGGUAGGGACAAGAGAUUCUUAAUGGAAAAACUUGUGCAAGAUGCAAAGAACACUGGAGAUGAUGAUUCCUCCUCAGGACAGACACAGCAUACUUCACUCCAACCACCCAGCAACUUACAGUUCUAACUUACAUAAUUAUCAAUUUCUUCAGGCUUAAGUGUAUUUGACAGAUAUUUUUAUAUUUCAUCAUCUUGUCCUCUUUGUCCCAUGGGGUCAUACUGGGCAUCCACAUGAGUUGCCUUCUUUUCUGUUGGUCUUGAGCCGCUCUUUUAGCCUGGCACAAACUCAUGUUGAUCCCCAUCAGGUCUUUCUGGAUGUUUUUACGCCACAUGAUUCUCAGUCUGCCACGUUUCUGUGUGCCUUGUGGGUUCAUUUGCUUGGAAAAACAAGAACAUUGAUAUCUUUGGUAAAUGUUUAUAAUUUUGAAACAAUUUUGAAUAUUAUGCUUGAUUGCCUUAUUCCUAGUAUAUUUCACUUGUCUCUAUUUGUUUGGUUCAAACAAUAUGUUGAGUUACCUUCUUGUUUUGAUGUCACAGCCUGACUAUAGUCCAAGGUCCUAACCCCCUGCAAUUUCUGACCCAACAAACAUUACGAUAUCCAUUUUUUUUCUUUUUGAUUUCCAUAUCAUGAUCUUGUGUACAUUCCAUAAAGCAAAUUGAUAAGAAAAUAUCUGUCAUAUACACUUAUUAUUGAUAAAUGAUUAGCUAUUAAGUACCUGAACAAAUUUAUUUAGAAGUGCUGUAUUUAGCAACUUCACGAUUUAUGGAGAUGCAUUCAGUACAUAUUUUAUCAGAUUAUAACACCUGCAUGUUGUAGUUUAUUACCAUCAUUUGCAGUAGACUUGAAUCACUUUCCUUGUAGCUCAUAAUUCAAAGAAGCCAAAUUCAUAACACUGGCAAUUAAACGAUGGUCAUAUUAUUUUGGCUAGAGUGAUUACUUUGGUUUUUGUCUUACGACACUCAAUUGAAAACUGCUUCAAUAGGAACUUUACAGCAACACAUUGCAUAAGCUGUGGCAGCAUGACCAUGAGCAGAGAGAAGUCUGAAAGUUUAAUUGAUUAUGGAUGGGUAUCCUAAUUACUUACAAAUACUGUUGAAUCAACAACAUAUACCAUACAUAUUCAUAAACAGAUUUACAUUUCUGAAGUUGGUUUGUUUGGUUGGACUUAAAGACUAACUUAAUUUUUAUGCCAUUGUGACAGAAGACAUUUUAGAAUAAUAUUAUUACCUAGAAUAAUGUUGUUUAUUUUUUCCUUAAUGUACUUUUGCCAACUUAUUGAAGGUAGUUUCUUGUGUGAAGACAUUUUUCAAGAUCAGUAUUUUUGUACUGCAACUUUAUUCAACUAUACAAUUACAGUGGCAAUUUAUGUAAUAAUAUUAUAGUGCCAGUGGUUGUUGAUUGUAAUAUAGUGCCAGAAGUGUAAAUAAUUACUUCCAGUUUGGGCCACUUUGAGCAGAUGUUGCAGGAAUUUGUCACUUGAGGUAACUUUUUAAUAUUUUGGAUUGUAGAGCAGGCUGUGGCCAAGACGUAUUUAAUAAUAUUAUUAUUUCACUGUGCAUUUUAAUAACAUGUGCACUCAGAAGUUCAAAAUGUAACAGUAGAAUGGUAGCAAAAAACAAGAUUGUUAAAUUGAGUUUUAAACUUUUGGGUCCACAUGCUGUUGAAAGGUGCAACAUUUAAGGGGGUUUGGAUACUUUAUGUUAAAAAUUUGUUUUUUGUGUUCUCUGACAUUUGAUAGGUGUCCAGAAACAUGCUGUUCAUGUAUGCAAUUAAUUGAAAUUUAAGUAACAGUCAAGGUACACCAAACAUUGGUAUUGAGAAAAUCUUUGUGGGCUGGACAGAGGACUACUUCUGUUAUUUUACAAGCUCAGGGCAAUAUUUUUGUCACAGUGACAUAUGCUUUCAGAGCAAAAUGGUUGUGAUAACAGUUUGUUUUAGUUUCACCAGAAAAAAAGCAGUGCUUUAGUUUAGGAUUAUUUGAGGAGUGCUCCUUAAUUGCACCCAUAAGUUAUGAAUUUUGAAUUUAUAGUCCAGUGGUUGUGCUGUGCACAGAAUAACCUGUACAUGGAACUUAUUUAAAACAAGCUGCAGGGAGCAGCUUUUAAUAAAAGGAGGUCUUUUAUUCUGUA